UUUGGUGGUGGUGUCUGAAUCGAGGCGGUGGGUUCGAGCGGCGAUAUCAUAUCACCCCGCACAGCCGUGUGGGCCGACCGUAUUCGCUGAUAUCGAAUCUCCAUCGGCGCUUUCGAUCGAGGCUCGCCUCCGGUGACCCAGCCGCGGCUUCCGAAUCCGCAUCUUCCCCGCAGACGGCGACCAGACGUCACCGCCGAGCUCGUGGCUAGGCCUAUCCCCGAAACCCGUCGCGGUAACCCACGCCUUCUCGUUGCCGAACGUCGGCGCGUGCUGCGGCGAACAACAAGCCGCUCGAUUCUCGCUUUCUAACGGAAGUCGCACCCACGUUCGAGAGCCGUCAUGGAGCGUAUGGACCAGCCUGAAUCAUCCUGACACGACUACUUCGAGCUUAGGUCACUUGUAAAAGCUACGAUGUUGCCCAGAUGAGACCCGGCGUGUGACUGUCGUGGGACAGGGAAUCCGAGGAACAGUGUUUUAGGGAUAGCAGAAAGGAACGAAACAGCUGGUUUUCUUGUGUGUGAGCGUCGUGUGUGUGUGUGUGUUUGUUGUGCGCGCCGGUGGUUUUGCUUAAACCGAACGGUAGACCUACGUAGUAACUGCCCCUUUUUUUUUUCGUCCUCGAGAAGCGAGCACGUGUGUGGGUCUAAAAAGCCGUGCUUUUGUGAGCAGCGCCUCCGAAGCAUGACACAACGGGAUCAUCGAUUUUCGUACGGUCGCCGGCGGCGACAGAAUUCGGGAAUACAACUUGGACCUUGCAGCGGCAGUGCGACUCCCGAAGGCGAAGGGCUGCUCAAUCACGUAAAAUGCCGAAAGCAAGGACCACCGCCCAUGAGAGAUGGCGUCGACUACGUCAACGCAGGGGAGGAAGACCAAAUGGAGGUGUUUGGGUACCAACAGGACGGAUGUCGCACCCUGGCUACCUGGUGUGGCAUGCUGUUGACGGCAGGCCUGCUGCGACUGCUCUUCCACUGGCACCCCGCCUGGUGGCUUUACUGCACCCACCGGCGCUGCUCUCUUCAACAGGCCAUCAGAGUGUUGCUCGUGGAUCAGUACAAGCAGCUUUUUGUAGAAAAAGUUCAAACUAUCCUGCCCUCUGAAGUCAAUGUGUCACUUAUGCUAUCUGUAACAGGUCAGGCAGAUUCCCCUCUGCAAAAAUCAAACAAACUUGAUGAACUUGUGAUGCUGAAACCGGGGGGUUCGAUGCAGCCGGCCGAGAGCUUAGUCUACUUUGAGAACAAGAAGAUCCGCUACAUCUGGGAUGCGGAGCUCAAGGCAUUCGCAAGGUUGAGGGGUUUCGAUAAAAAUGUGACGUGUUCUUACUUUCACCAGCAGAAGGGCCUUUCGCUCCCGGAGCAAGUGGUUAGACGAGUUCUUUUUGGGGAUAACGUAAUUAGUGUCCAAAUACAGUCAGUCUUUCGUAUCCUCUUUCAAGAGGUUCUCGAGCCUUUCUAUGUGUUCCAAGUAUUCAGCAUAAUCAUCUGGUUCUCUGAUGACUACUACUACUAUGCCUCAUGCAUCAUCGUCAUGUCUACAUUGUCUCUAGUCACAGGCGUGUACCAGAUAAGGCUGAGUCAAAAAGCUUUGAGUGACACCGUACAUGCUAUGGAUGUGGUCACAGUCAAGCGAAGCAAAGGAGUCUACGAAAACAUCCCAUCAGAACAGUUGGUGCCAGGAGACGUACUUAUUGUGCCUCGCAAUGGAUGUGUGAUGCAGUGCGAUGCUGUCCUCACAGCUGGAAACUGCAUCGUCAACGAAAGCAUGCUUACAGGCGAGAGUGUACCAGUCGUGAAGACACCGCUGCCGAAUCCUGGAGCUUCACAGCCAGCUCUGGACAUUAUGUACCACCCGAAAGAGCACAGUCGUCACACGCUCUUCUGCGGCACUAGAGUCAUUCAGACGCGCUUCUACGGCACAGAAAACGUUGAGGCUGUCGUUGUUCGCACGGGCUUUCUGACAGCCAAGGGAGAGCUGGUGCGUUCCAUCAUGUUCCCCAAGCCAGUUGAUUUCAAGUUUAACCGACACAUCAAGAACUUCCUCUUGUUCCUCGCGUCCCUGGCUAGCAUAGGAGUCAUCUAUACCAUUGUGCUCAAGUCUCUUCGAGGUGUGCCCGUCUCGAACAUCAUAGUACGCAGUUUGGACGUGGUCACCAUCGUAAUCCCGCCCGCGCUGCCAGCCGCGAUGACCAUCGGCAUCGUGUUCGCCCAGUCGCGCCUGCGACGGGCACUCAUCUACUGCAUCUCACCGCGCUCCAUCAACAUCUCGGGCUGCAUCAACUGCUUCUGCUUCGACAAGACUGGCACGCUUACCGAAGAAGGGCUGGACUUGUGGGGCGUUGUCCCGGCCAGUGGUGGCAGAUUUCAGGAACAGGUUUCCAACCACAAGCUUCCAUUGGACUCUCUGCUGCUCCAAGGCAUGGCCACCUGCCACUCCAUUACGGUCAUUGACCGUCAGCUGUCGGGUGAUCCGCUUGAUCUCAAGAUGUUCGAGGCCACCAGUUGGGUUUUGGAGGAGCCAGACAUCGACGAUAACUCAAAGUACGACAUCAUCGCACCGACAGUUGUGCGACCAGGACCUGCCAGCAGUUUAAAAACACCAUCUGUGCCUUCUUUGAAUGCCGCCGGAGACUUGUCUGAGGUGCCUUCAUCCAUUGAGGUCGGCAUAGUGCGCGAGUUCCCCUUCUCCUCGGGUCUUCAGCGCAUGAGUGUGGUCACUCGUGUGCUGGGGUCGACCCACUUCGACAUAUUCUGCAAGGGCGCCCCUGAGACCAUCGCCUCUCUCUCCAAGUCUGAGACAGUGCCACCAGACUUCAUAGAGACGCUAACAUCAUACACCCAGCUAGGCCAUCGAGUGCUGGCACUGGCACACCGGCCGCUGACAUCGAGUUUUGCCAAGGUUCACCGACUACCGCGGGAAGAAGUCGAGAACAACCUCACCUUUGUCGGACUGUUGGUGAUGGAGAACAGGCUUAAGCCGGAGACCACCUCCGUCAUCCGCACGCUUCGAGCUGCCAACAUCCGCACCAUCAUGGUCACAGGUGACAACAUGCUGACGGCAGUGAGUGUGGCACGUGACUGCCACAUGAUUGAACGGGGCCAGGAGGUGCAGAUCCUCUCGUCGAGCACAGACACAUCUGACAUGGUGCCUGUCCUCAGCUGGCAGUCCUCCGAGGCACCACCACCAUCCAAUAAGUCGCAUCGCAAGGCCAGUGACAUGCUCCCGAACGGCGUGACCUCCAUCUCUAGCCAUCCGCUUGUUGCUGUGACGGGAAAGACUUUCGCUGUGCUGCGUGAACACUAUCCAGAUGUCCUGCAGAAGGUGGCUGUGUGCGGCGCCGUGUUUGCGCGCAUGGCUCCUGAUCAAAAGCAGCAGCUGGUGGAACUACUUCAGGAGAUGGGGUACUACGUUGGGAUGUGUGGAGAUGGUGCUAAUGAUUGUGGGGCCCUGAAGGCAGCACAUGCUGGCAUCUCUCUCUCGGACACGGAGGCGUCUGUGGCAUCUCUUACAUCCAAGGUGGCCAACAUCUCCUGCGUGCCCACACUUAUCAAGGAAGGCCGUGCAGCAUUGGUGACGUCUUUUGGCAUCCUCAAGUACAUGGCAUGCUACAGCAUGACGCAGUUCACCUCGGUGCUCAUCCUCUACUCUCUCUACUCCAACCUCACUGACCUCGAGUUCCUCUACAUUGACCUCUUCCUCAUCACUCUCUUCGCCGCCCUGUUUGGCCGUACCGAACCAAGUCCCACACUGGAUAAGCGACCACCCCCGUCGAGCCUGAUGGGAGUCACACCACUGACGUCCAUCCUUAGUCAGAUUAUACUAGUCAUUGCUGCGCAAGUUUUCGGCAUCGUCACUCUUUGGAGACAGCACUGGUACCAUCCGCACAUACAGGUUGCCGGAGAGGAUGACCAAGAAGAGCUGUCAUGCCACGACAAUUACACAGUUUUUGCAGUGUCCGUCUUCCAGUACAUCACCCUGGCGGUGGUAUUCUCUCGAGGGCAUCCGUAUCGCAAGACAAUCUUAUCAAACUACUUGUUCAUUUCGGCGUUGGUGGUGAUGACAGCUUUUAGUUUGUACCUGGUGCUCUAUCCCACCGAAAUUCUCAUCUCUGGCUUUGAAUUCGACAUGACAGACAUAGAUAUGAAGUUCCGAAUGCUCUGCGUCGCCAUUGCUCUUGGUCACUUCAUCAUUGCUUACAUCUUGGAGGACUACUUCGUGCAGGGUUUCGUUUUCAAGCAGCUCCAGCUACGAUUCUUCAGCACCUCGACUCCGUACAAGGAGCUGCAAGAAGAGCUCAAGGACCAGUCGCCGUGGACGCCACUGUCACGAGAGUCGUCCAUCAUGAGUGGCGGCACCCGCCGAACGACACGGGACUGCAUUCUCCAACCCAGUGCCUUACAGCUCGCGUCUCCGCAGGAAGACACCAGUGUCGACAGCGCCAUUGUCGUCGACGCCUUCGGGAGCGAGGGAUCGGCCACCGACAGGCAAAACGGAAACUGCGCAGCACCACUACCUUGUGUCACACACAUGUGACGAACGUUUCCCAACACUUCUCGUGCGAAUCGCUUUGUGGUGGGGCGGUUUCGGUCGUUCGUUUUCGCCAUCUAUCGUCGCCUCUUUUCGAUGGUUGCGGACUGCAAGUGAAAAGGAGAACCGCAUAGAAGUGAAAUACAGUGGCAUUCGGUGCGAGCAACGAUUUAAUAAGGGAGCGUUUUGCGAUUGAUAUUCGUGGCAACUACACUUUUCACUUAACGAUCAAUGCACUCUAUUAUCAGCUCUCUGUAGAUCGUCGUAGUAAAGUUGUGCUUUAACGUGUGAUGAAUAUUGCGGUUUCCAACAAUUCGCUAAUGGCUCAAUUUUCUGCUUAGCUAGCUGCAUGUAGCUGCGCAUAUUGUAAUGGAUGGGGUAGGGAAAUGAACUAUUUGCCACUUGCCAGAGUGGCUUCUACGGCGAAUUUUAUACGGUCAAUUUGCACGUAUUUCAACUUUUACAAACUGUGAUGCCUCUGAUCGUAAUCUCGUGCAAUUGAUAUUAAAGUAUUGUGAAGCUAUUAAAGGCAAACAUCGCGAGGCUACAGUGUCAAGCCUGUUAAACUUCUUUAAAAACUUGUUUGUUUUGAGGCUUGUGACACUGUUUAUAGAGUCUUUCGCCGCGUUUCAUUUGUGAUGUAUGUGAUAAACCGUGGGCAUGAUUGAUUUCUGUAUGCCACUUGUUGGCGGCUAUAUUGCUAGAAAGCACACAAUAGCCCUUCGUGUUUCAGUUAUGUUAGGCAGAAUCGGUGCCCACAUGCACCUUGUUUUGGCUAUUAAAUUUGCAUGUCUGAAGUACUUCAGUCCUACUACUUCAAGCUUGCUACAAGAAAAAAAGUAAACACGACUCACUCAUCACAGGCACUUGGAGAAUGCACAUAUUUAUUGUCUGUUGUAUUGUCUGUGUCCUUAAGUUUGCAGUUUUUUUGUUAAAAAGGAAACAAUUUUGAAACAGUUUGCUUGUUAAAGAAGUACUGAUACGAAAAUUUGACAUCUCGCAUUUUCAGCCAUAGUACUUAGUUGACGACCCACUUAUCAAGGCUGAAAACCUCAUUUUGUUUAUUGUGCAAUGGUCAAGUAUUUGGAGAUGGUUUUGUAGCUCCGAGACGUAAUACCGCCUUCAGAGUGCGCUGAGAGACGUGGUACCCAGGACGAUUUAUUUGUAAACACAGCUGGUCAUGUGGCCACACAAAACUGCGACACACUCGUUGUGCAGGGCUUCACGUCUAUGUCAACGCUGCGCUGACAACUGUGGCAGGUAUUGCGUGCAAAGAGCGUGGCAGCAAACAAAGAAACUCGUACCAUGGGUGUUUACAUCAAAACUAAGCUGACGUCACAAAGUGCUCUGUUUCACGUUCAGUUGCGUAGCGUGCCCUUUAAAAUGUAUUUUAAAUGUUUGAGGCUAAAGUAAGACAUUUAGAUUUUGGAGAUGAUUUGUGUGCAUUCAUGAAAACCUGAUCACAAGUUUCCUCUCCUUCAAAAUCUUGCGGCAGUUCUGACUGUUCCUGGUUGAAAGGACAGGUUUACGGAGUAGUACAAGCCAGACUUGCCACCGUAUCGAUUUUAGUCAUCUUUCGCUCUUCCACUUGUGCAUGCUCAUCUCAUCAGCUCAUUCUUUAUUGCUUGCCAGAUUCACACUAAUCGAAUACAGUAGACUCUAACUAAAUGUAAAUCCUUUUAACAGAAGAACUGCCUAAACGGAAAAGCUGCCUCUAACACAAUGGGUUUUCCUACUUUAAUUUUGCAGCCUCACUCAUCUCUGAGUAAACAGAACCACUGUUAAAUGGAACAUAUUUUCACGGCCUCUUCAGUUUCUGUUUAAUGAGUUCACUGCAUUUCACCUUAUUCGAACACAUUGUAGAUUAAAACUGGAUAUCUAAUGUUUUCACUUAGCUGCUUUCACAUUUGAACCCUGGUGUAGCAGUUACAGGCAACUAAUUACGUUUCAUUUUACUGAAUCUUUAUGGCUAUCUCAGGCCACGAUAGAUGGGAGAAAUACUUGAGGCAGCCAGCUGCUUGAUUCUCAUAGUUCUGUGUAUGUAUAGAUGGUUUAACUGCCCGCCAGUUAUAAAAAAUAGAAUCCAGGUUGUACAUGCAUCUGGUUACGAUGCUUGGUCACGUAUUCAUAUUUGACCUCAAUCAAGUCCGCACAUGUUAGCUUGCCUAAUUAUCUUUACCUUCAAACUUUUUUAAUUAACUCUAAUAAUCCAGAAUUCUGACAGUUUUUAACUGAGGUACGUGCAUUCGUGGGUUUGAAGUAACGUGAGUCUACUGUUGGUGGUGUGCUGUUAGUAUACUAGCUGUGCGUAGAAGCCGCAUAGCCACACACAACUUUGAGGGUUUCAGUCACUGCCCACAAAAUGUUUUUUUUAAUGAAAAAUAAGUGUUCGUGUUUUUGAACCUAAAAUCACUGUAAAGCGAUCUGCUGUGCACAGCAACGAAAAGUUGUGAAGUCUAGCUAUCUCUUCUUUGUUCUUGUUAGCACUGUGCGUGCUGUCAUAACCAUGUUGCCAAUUGCUACCAGGAAAUGAAAAGCUCACAUUGAAAGAGAAGAGACCGAGCGGUCUCUUCUGUGUCUUUGUUUGGGUUCGUAUCAUUCUCUUGUUCAAUCUGUACUCUGCUUUUGCUUGAAGCAGUUGCUACCUUUUAAACAUUGCCUUAAAGUCUGGAAAAAGAAGGAUGCGUUUGCAUUUCGCCUGGCGUUUUCUUUCUUUAGCUGGACACAAAAAUGUUUGUAAAUUUGUCCUCAUAUGCAUGCAAAGUUUUUCACUUUUUUUUUGUUCACUCACUUGUUGACUCACAAAUUGAACCUUUACUGGAUUGUGGUGGCUGAUAAGAAGAGAAAAAUACCACUGGUGAGGUCAUCAGAGUCGGACCUCCUUGCAGUGACAUCAGAGCACCAAUGUCUUCAGUUUAUUCACUUCAGCGAAGUUCUUAUUGUGGCAUCCUUCCUCGAAAGUCCGCAUCGUAAAGUUCUCCCUGGGAAGUCGUUGCGAUGCUGUCUUUGCUGUUGGGUCUCCUCUAUCGAGUCUUCACUGUGAAUUCCUCAUUAUGAAAUCCUCACCGUGAAGCCAGUUCUUCAGGUAAAGUUGUGGCUAUGAAUUCAUCUUGAUGAAGUUUUAACAAAGACUUCAUUGAGAAGCCUAAUUAAGUGAAUGAAGGUCAUGAGGAUUUAGCAUCUUGCUAUAGUAUUUGCAGUAAUAUCACUACCUGGUUCUUACUGACUGUCUACCACAAGAGCUGUUGGGAAUGUUCGGCGUGAAUAGUGCAGGUAUUUGUGCUGCCCUGGAGAGCGCAAGUGUGUAUGUGUUGGUUCACGACGUGCUUCUAGUCUCUGAGGUAAUAAUAAGCAAAUUCUUGGAUAAGUGAAAUAGUGGUAUGGCAUGCAUCGUGCUUGGCUGACCUUGCCAAUGGGAUCUUUGGUCGCAAUCGGACUGUCUUGCAAUUGCCGCUGGCGAGUUGGCUAAAUGAAAAAAAAAAAAAACCUAGCCCCAACCAGUCGUUUAUUUCCGCUGAAAAAGCCUUACUCCUUUCAUAUUUUCUUUUGUUUUGGUCAAGCGAGUCGGGACUUUAAACUGACUAUGGCACGGCUUCUGGGACAGGUGAAGAAGUGUUAUUUACUGUUCUUAGUGAUAGUCUUGUUUUUGUAGGGUUUGCUGUGCUUCACGAAGUACUGUGCUUACUUGGCAUUGGCUAAAUGUUUUUUAUUAUUAUUUUAUCUUGCGAUGCGUACUGACAGUUAUACUUAUUGGCCGUCAAGCCAAACAAAGUAUGACUGCGAGCUUUCCUCUUCGUGCUUGAUUGAAUUAUUUAUUAUCGUUCUGCUUCCACUGCGUAUUACCCCGGUGAUACAUUUGCUAUGUCUGUGUAUGCAGUGGGUAAGCAUUACUCGUCUCUACUUGUAGACCGAUUCUUUCCAGUUCCCUGUUGAAUGCUUAUAGCAUGUGCGGAGAGUCUACUGUUGUGCGCAGAGCAGCCUGGGAACCGUUCACUCAUUUUAAGCCAUCUGCAACAAAACCACCUUUGAUUGAUGCAGUCACUAAUGAAUAAUAACUGAAGUAAUCUUGACAGUGCAGUAGAACUAGUAAUUGUUUUGAACAUCAUCAAAGUAAUGCCUAACAUAUUGAGAGUAGGGGGCACCAUGCGACUGUGAGUUGUCUCAGGAAUCAGUUUGGUCUCUUCUUCUCUUCUGCACUUUUAUCGGCAGCCUAUCAAUAAAAUCUGAGCAGACUCGCGUGGUAACCUUGUGGUUACAAGACAUGAUGCAUGUUUCGGGACGUUGCCCUAUGAGAUUACGAAAGCUUUCUGUAGGUGCCACGUACACUUGGAGGUCAUUACUGGUCGCCUUUAUUGAGGCGGUUUUCUAGAGCGAUCACGGCACUUUCGUGUUACUCUGUAUAGGGCUCAUCGGUGCUCUUGGCCAGCAAUGUUUUUGUCCCUGUACAGAGCUUGCAAUCUUUGCACGCUGCAGCAAGCACUGCCAGCCCUGUGCUUCUCCACGCCUGGCUGCUGAGUCGUGAAAAAAAGGCAAGUGUAACACCCUCGGAAUGAUUGUUUCCUGGUUUCAUAUCGUUUGUGGCCAAUGGCGACGACAACAUUCAUUUCGAGCUCCACUCGCACCUCUAAUGUGACAGUUCUCAUGGUGGCUGCUUUGUAUCCAUGCUUUCUACUCCUUUGGAAUUCCACUGCAACUGUCCUUCAGCAGUGGCGGCGUACUUUGCGGGACGUUUUGAGACGUCAUUCAGUCCUGCCCUGUAUGCCUGUACUCGGCCUAUGGCCCACAAACUGUGUGUAAGAAUCCACGACGUCAUAAAGGGUACUUCGCAUACACGUCAUCACAACUUAUUGAUGACUAGUUUAUCUUGUUUAUUGCUGGUGUGUAACAAAUGGCUUAGCGUUGUGUACAGGUGUCAGCAGUAGUAGUACCCGCUGCGCAGAAGUGACCACUUUUCCAAAUUCAGCCAUUUUCUUCUCUUUUACGGCUGUCACAUCGCCGAGUGAUGUAGACUGCACAGAAAUGUUCAACUGUGGACCAUCUUUGACUCUCUUGCUGCCAGUAAUCCUUUCAAUUUUAUCUCGACAUUUCUUCCUUUCAUGCUUUAUGAACAACCUGCAUUCAGUGUGGAAAAUAAUUUCCGUCCAAACACAUUGGGCAAGUGUGCAUAUGUGUCUGCUUCCUGUAUGCUUAUACAUGGCUUGUGCAGAAUCUCAAGUGUGCUACACGAAUAGCAGGCUGGGCGAAGCAAGACUAUUGCUUUUGCAUGCUUCAUUAGCAGUGCAGUUUUGUCAUUUACGGGUUUUACACGCUGGUUUACAAGUUGAAAAAAAAGUUGAGCUCCCUAAUUUCAUUGCAACUUAAUGCAGAUGUGGCUCUUUCCUUUUUUUCUUUUUUUAAUGGAAAUGUUUCAUUAAGGCACUACAUGUUAAUUAACAGCUGUUUCCCACAGUUGGAGCACAUCCACCUCAUCUAUUGAUUGUGCAGAUUGCUGUGACAGCAACCGCAGCUGCUUACUGCCAGUUCGAAAAUUCCUUUCCCAACUCAUAACAUUUUCUACGCUGUACCAGUUCUGACACCUAAGUGCGGAUAAGUUGCCGGUUUGUGCCGGCUUAGCAUCUGCCAUGUACGAAGUUGCCUGCUUCGUGUUCUCAACAGUUUUUUUCUAGUUAAAGUGAAGCUGAGCUUAUUAAGUACAGGCAGGCUUAUUCGGUGGUGCUCAUUGGUGUCCACCCCAUUGGGUCUGAAGAGAGAAGACGAUGCACGCGUAGAUUACAUGCCUUGGCACGGCUUAAUCUUGCCGUAGUAAAGCAUCGCGCAGCCGGCGGAAGUUCUAUUCUGCAUCAAACCUCGCCAAAAUUUGUUUUGGAAGCACUCAUAACUGCAGUUAGUAGAUAUAACAUCACAUGUAAGAGAUAUGAAUAAAUACAAUCUGAUUAUCAAAAAAACACUGAUAUAGUAAAUUAUUGGUUGUAGCAAACGUAAUAUCACCUUUGGUUGGCCGUGCUUCAUUUCAGUGACAUUUGUUCUUUAAGAGACUGAAUAUGCACAAGCUACUCCGAUAUCUGCUAUAAUGAAAAAAAUACUUUGUUUGAAUGGACCCUAAAACUCUAAAAGUAACAUAAAAAGCAAAAUAAAUUCUGACUGACAAUUCACAACCAUAUUUUUUAAAAGUUAAUUGGGAAAAUAAAAAUCGGGUUUUAGAUGCGGUUAAAAUGUAGCGGAAAUUUUUCUAGCCAUUUAGUGAUGGAAAGAGCAAAUUUUACCAGUUGUGCCACAUUAAAAGUAUAGAGCAAACAGAAAAUCUUUGGAAGCACUUUAUAGAGGCUUGAAGCCAAGAAUAAUGUUUUUGUGUAGAAUUUUCAGGGGAGCGAGGUUGCAACUUUUUCUAAAAACGGUUUUUAUCUACACAGUUACAAUCAGUAUAGGAUAUAACGGACUAAUUUAUGGUUCUCGUACUGCUUCUUCGUAACGAGGUUCCGCUGUGUUUCUAAAGAACGGUUGCACACAUGUGGCAUCGCUUCUUGUCGCAAAUCAGUUCUGCGAAAUGCCGCGAAGUGGUGGGCGGGUCAAGAAAGCGAAAUUGAUGAACACCAAUCGAUUACGAAGUCGCAAGGGAACCCAUACGGAUUUCUCAAAAAGAAAAACUAGAUUUCUUAGUUGCCAGAAAAUUCAUUCCAGUCCAAAGAUCAAACCCGAGACCAACACCUUCCCGAGGUGUUCACUCUACCGAUUGGGCCAACCAGGAAGCUAGCAAUUGGCAGCUUUACAAGAACUUUUUAUGGAUUUCUGUGUGGCUUCGUGUGAGAAACGACUGAUUGCCAAUUUCCCUUUUGUAGCAUAACUUCGUUCCUCGAUUCCAUCUGCACCUUUUGCAUGUGACAUUACAGGUACUAUUGGCACACCGACAGGCUCAAGUAGCGGUCAUAGUGCAGUUACUGUGAUUGUUCGUUGCUGAUCCCCUGUGAUCUCUUCGAGAUGACACGUUAAUGGAUAUCAGCUGUAGGCAUGUCUUGCCAAUCGGCGAAUUGGUACAGCAUCCAACGCAUCAUCUUCAGAUCGAGUGUUCUGCACUGCAGCUGGAGAGAUAACUAUGGUUAAUUGCACUUUGAAUUUCCCAUUUGCCUACUGCAUCCACGUGUAUACGGUCUUCCAAGUAUAAUGAGCAUUGCCUUUCCAAGAAGUGUGUACGUGCAACAUAUGCUGAGGUUGUCAUUGCAAAAGGGCCUUCAACUUAGCAACUGUGCUGGCCAAUGGAACGUUACCAGUCACAACAUGAUAACGAAGUCAAAGUUAAAUCUUUUUCUUACACCCAUGAGAGAGGGACGCUGUAGGAACUUGCAGUUCCCUGAAACAUGUGUGCUUUGUAGUCUGAUUUUUCAUUUAUAUUCUUGUACUUAUAAGUGAUCAAGUAAGGAAAAAAAAAUGUUUUUACUGCCUCCACUUUCCAACAGUGAUGCUUGCAGCAACAAUGAGGGCAUUUUUCUUGUUGGUAUCGUGAAAAAAAAAAAAUGGAAAGGCUGGAUGUAAGAAAAAAAGAAGAAAAAUUACAAGAAAUGUGACAUAUCUACUGUGAAAUUUUUUUUAUUUGAAAAAUAAAAAAAUCAAACAUUA